AUGGUGCAGCCCAAUGUGACCUGGUGGCGGGGCUUUGUCUUUCUGGGCUUCUCCAGCUUCGGGCAACUGCAAAUUCUGCUAUUUGUCUUGUUCCUUUCUCUGUAUCUCAUCACCCUGACCAGCAAUGUCUUCAUCAUCAUUGUGAUCAGGCUUGAUAGCCAUUUACACACUCCCAUGUACCUCUUCCUCUCUUUCCUCUCCUUCUCGGAGACUUGCUACACGUUGGGUAUCAUUCCUAGGAUGCUGUCCGGCCUGGCUGUGGGCGACCAGGCUAUUUCAUAUGUGGGAUGUGCUACCCAGAUGUUUUUCUCAGCUUCGUGGGCUUGUACCAAUUGCUUCCUUUUGUCUGUCAUGGGCUUUGACAGGUACGUGGCCAUCUGUGCGCCGCUGCACUAUGCCAGCCGCAUGAAUCCCAUCCUCUGUGCCCAGCUAGUUGGUGUCUCCUUCAUGAGUGGCUACCUUUUUGGACUGGGGAUGACGCUGGUCAUUUUCCGCCUCUCGUUUUGCAGCUCCCAUGAGAUCCAGCACUUUUUUUGUGACACCCCGCCAGUGUUGAGCCUCGCCUGUGGCGACACAGGACUGAGUGAGCUGGGGAUCCUCAUCCUCAGCCUGGUGGUCCUGUUGGUCUCCUUCUUCUUCAUCACCAUCUCCUACGCCUACAUCCUGGUGGCCAUCCUCAGGAUGCCCUCCGCAGAGGGGAGGAAAAAGGCUUUCUCCACCUGCGCCUCCCAUCUCACCGUCGUCAUUAUCCACUAUGGCUGUGCUUCCUUCAUGUACCUAAGGCCCAAAGCCAGCUACUCUCUCGAGCGGGAUCAGCUUAUUGCUGUCACCUACACGGUGGCAACCCCGCUGCUCAACCCCAUUGUUUACAGUUUAAGGAAUCGGGCUGUGCAGACAGCUCUGAGAAAUGCUUUCCGGGGGAAUUUACUGGGAAAAGGAUGA